AUGAUUAAAUAUCUUAGAAAAAUUAAUAUAAGUUUAAUAGAAAAUUUAGUUAAUGAUACAGUAAAAACAAUUAUUUAUAAAAUUGAAAAUGAUCAAUAUGAUUAUGAAGAUAAUAUUGAUAGAAAAUUUAAUAAAAUAAAUGAAACAUUAGCUAUAAUUAUUGAACAUAGUUUUGAUCUUAAUGAACUGCGUUAUUUAUUAAAUGGUACAAUACGCGAUAAACUUACUGAAGAUUAUCAACGUUCAACAUUAAAAACAGCUAUGCAAUGUUUAACAGGUGCAGUUGGUGCUAAUAAUGUAUCAGCUGAUUUUUAACAUUUACAACAUGCAUGGCUUUCUUCACCAGGUUUUGCAUUUUAUGGUAUUCAACGUGAAUUACUUAUUGCAUCACUUGGUAUUGCAUUAUUAGUACUUUUUCUUACAUCAGAAUAUUCAUUUAUUGCAUUCUAUGAAUUAAUUACAAUUACUUUUGCUAUUGCUAUGAGUGUAGCAAUAUUUGCUGCAUUAGAAAGAGAAUUGGGCAUUAUUGAAACUAUUAUUAUAAUUAUGUCUGUUAGUCUUCCAGUUGUUCAUUUUGGUGUUGAAAUUAAAACAUGUCGUUUAUUAUAUAAAGAACAUCAAAUUGAACGUGAAAUACGUGUAACUGAAUCUGUAUCAUGUGCUGGUUCAGCAGUAUUUAUGGCUGCAUUUACAACAUUUGCUGCAGAAUUCUCUAUGACACUUUCAUCACUUACUUCAUUUCGAUAA